AUGAUCGUAAAAGUGAUUCUUUUUCUAUUCUCGCUAACGGAAUGUACACGUGGUUGUAAUUAUGCUUCCUCGCUGUGUGGGGCAUUCAUCGUGUACACAAGCAAAAAUCUGGAUCGUCCCGAUGCCAUUCUUACACCCAAUAGCGACCAUUAUGCGAUUGGCGAAUGUGCACCGACUUAUAUCAUAGUGAAACUAUGCAAUGAGGUCAAGAUUAACUGCGUAGAACUGCAAAACAAAGAAUAUCUGAGUUCUUUUCCUCGUCAAAUUAAGUUGUCUACCUAUAUUGAUGGGAGUUGGGUGAGUUUGGGCUCAUUCAGCUGCAGGUUCACGAGAGGGCAACAGCUGUUCUACGUCAAAAAUGAUGUGUUCACCAGCAUAUUGCGGAUCGAUGUCCUAAACUUUCAGGGAAAACAUUCGCUAUUUACCCUGACGAGCCUGAAGGUGUAUGGCUCGACCAUUCUAGAGAACCUCAAUGUCAACAACCUGACGUACAGCAGGGCCAUCAAUUUUAAUAACAAACUGCCCCAUUACGAGAAUAAAAACGAUAUUGAGGACAUAAUGAGGAGCAUUAGGGUGGUGAAGAUGCUGAUGGAAAAGUCUAAGAUUAUUUUUGCAGGCAUUCUUGGUUUUCUCAGUCUUGUGGUAUUUUACUUUGUUUUCAGAAAGUCUCUUCAACGCUGAAUGCAUC